AUGUGGGAAGAUGUGUUGACGGGCCCUAAUGAAUUACGCCUUAGGGGUAACCCCGUUUCUAUAAUGGUGAAUUAUCCAGAAUCCCUGACUGGAGGAAGAGACAGAAAAUACGAAGAAGGGGAAGAAGUAGGUCUCAGUUGGAGGCUGGAAACGACAUUCCCGGUGGAUCCAUCUGAUGAAGUUUUCACCUAUCAAUUCCAGGAAUCGCCUGUACCGUCCUCGACUGCCACUCCCUCUGUGGACGGGGAAGAAUAUGAUGAUGAGGAGGAGGAAGAAGAGGAAGUAGAAGGAGAAGGAGUAGUGGAAGAAAGGAUGCCUCAAAAGGAAGAGGGAGAAAGUGGAGGGAUGGAAAGGGAAGAGGAGGAAGAGGAAGACGGACGUGAAAUUAUAGUAGUCCAGGAACCAUCUGAGCCAGUUUCCAUGACUGAUGCUGCAACUCAGGUGACGGAGGAAGAUUUGGGUAUGGGCAUGGAAGAUCCUCUGCCUGAAUCCGACCAACUCUUCUGUUCCAGGCCUAAUGCGUGGAUGGGAGGGCAUGUCCUUCAAUGGGUUGACAUGCCGGAUUCCAGUCAAGUGGAAGCGGAAGUACUUAGUCAUGCAUGGAGGGACGAUUAUUUCGCGAAGCGAUUCCCCAUUCCCCCCUUCGCCCCCAAAGCCCCAUGCCAUCAUCACCUGACUGAACAGGGGCAGAAGUUCGACACGGAACUGAAACGACGAUUGACAGAAUUGUAUACGGCGCUUCGGAAGCCAGACGGGGCCUCGAAUCCGAAUCUGACGGUCUGCGAAGAUGGACCAGGACGGAAGCAAGGGGGGUCUGACCUCGGGUAUGAAAGUGCAGAGACUGAGAAAGACGUUCGGGGGAAUGUCUACGACUCCUCAUCGGGUUAUGAGAGUGUGGGCGGGGUUGGGACGGGGACACAAGUGGAAGAAGAAAACGAAUCCGAGGACGAGAAAGAGGCAUGGAGAGAUAUGGAACUGCUGCAGUACGAAAUGGAAGAUGUCCUGAGGCUAGAAAGACGGGUGAAAGAGGAUCCCCUUAGAAGAUCCCUUGCAAAUCUACGUCGACGUCAUGACAACCUUAUGAGACAAUUAACGGAGGCAAAGCAUCGCCUGGGGAUCAACCGACAAUCAUGGAGCUUUGACGUUCAUGUAGUGGAAAGGAUGAAGCCUGAUUGCCCGGGGUUCAUGGAGGCUCUGGAGCAGGAAACAAAAGUGCUUCACAAGAGAGUUUUGGCGUGUCAGUCUCGGGUCCUUGUUGCUACCUGCUUCGACAUCUCUCAUCAUCCAUAGAUUAAUUUCAUCUUUAUCUUUCGUUGAUCAAUAAAGGUGCAAUGCUUCAGG